GACGCGUGCUUGAAUUUGAAUUCAGGCGAGAGCUAACAACUUGUUCACAUAUUAGUCAAAUACUACAGCACAACAGAAGCAGCGAGCUUUAAUUUAACUCCCUAAUCUAAUUGUUUAUUAUAGAAUAGUCUGUACGUUUGUGUGUGUUACGUUUAAAUCGCUGCUCAGUGCUGUUUGAGAAGAGAUCACUACACUUGCAAUGAAAGCGGGCGUCCACUGCCGUUGUUCAAAAUGCUACUCGGUUCCGGCCAGGAAGCGGGUCCGUAAGCGAACUCCAGCCCUCACCUUGCUGUCUCUACCUGAGGAGGUCCUCCUCUGUGUGUUCCAGUGCCUCUCUGCUGAAGACCUGCUGUCUGUCAGAGCAGUUCACUCCCAGCUGCGGGACAUUGUUGACAACCACUCCAGCGUGUGGGCGAGGGUCAGUUUCAAAGACACGUGGCCAUCCCCCAACACCUUAUGGCUGUUUGAAAGAGCUGCAGAGAAAGGGAAUUUUGAAGCUGCUGUGAAGCUAGGGAUUGCUUAUUUGUACAAUGAAGGACCGUUGCUGAGCGAUGAGGGGCGAGCGGAUGUGUGUGGUCGUAAGGCCUCCCACUUCUUCAGCCUGGCAGAGAGCCUGCACUCUCCCACCACGGAUCCCUUCAUCUGGGUGUUCAUCCGUCCUCCGUGGUCGCCCACCGGCAGCUGCUGCAAGGCCGUGGUGUUCGACCGGCUCAAGGCUGAGUGUGACAGCAACGCGGAGAAGAGAGGACCCCUGUUGCACUGUUUGGCCAGAGUUUUGCAGCUGUUUGAGGGUGACUCAAGACAUUCGGAGGCCAUAUCUAUGCUGGAGGAGUCAUCCCAGGCCGGCUGUCUGCAGAGCUCCUAUCUGUUGUGGGAACAAAACCGGAAAGCAGCUAUGGCAGACCCAGGCAGGUACCUCCAGUGUAUCCGAACCCUCAGGGACUAUGCUGUGAAAGGAUGCUGGGAGGCUCAGCUCUCCCUGGCCAAAGUGUGCAGCAGUGGGAAUCCUCUGGGUCUGGAGCCAAAAGCCUGCUCUGACCUGGUGGCUCAGCUCUUCAGCUCCACUAGGCCGGCAUCACGACCCUGCGCUCAGGGCGUCCUGAGACGAGGCAUUAAGGACACAAUGAGAUACAUCCUGGUGGACUGGCUCGUGGAGGUGACCACCAUGAAGGAUUUCUCCAGCCUCACGCUGCAUGUGACUGUGGGCUGUGUGGACCGCUACCUGGCCCUGCGCUCUGUCCCCAAGGCCCGCCUCCAGUUACUGGGAAUCGCCUGCAUGGUGGUUUGUACACGCUAUAUGAGUAAAGAAAUCCUGACGAUACGUGAAGCUGUCUGGCUCACAGACAACACCUACAAAUAUGAGGACCUGGUCCGAAUGAUGGGGGAGGUCGUCUCUGUGUUGGAGGGGAAGAUCAGGAGCCCCACACUGCUGGACUACGGGGAGGUCCUGCUGUCGCUGCUCCCUCUGGAGAGGCGGACGACUCACCUCUUCAGCUACAUCUGCGAGCUGUCGCUGCUCUACUCGGCCCUCGCCGCGCCGCCGCCUUCCAAACUGGCCUGCGCCGUGCUGCUGCUUACACGAGCGCUCCAUCACUAUGCUCCCGUCUGGCCCAGCCAGUUAGUCGACUACACAGGCUUCUCCAAGCAAGACCUCAGCUCCCUCUCCGUGCUGCUCUAUGUCAAGUGUUUCAGUCAAGACGUUCCCAAAGAUUACAGGCACGUGUCUCUUACUGGCGUCACGCAGCGGUUUGAAGACGAGGCUUACCAGAACAUCAGCAAAGAAACGGUGAUGGAUUUUAAAGAGCUGUGUCAGAUCUUGGAGAUUCCCGAGGUGGCGCCCCAGAUGGAGCCUCCCAGUCCCACUGGUCAACCAGCAGACAUCCACACCUUCCUCGCCUCUCCGUCCAGCACCAACAAGAGGAGGCGCGAUGAUGCCAUGCAGGCCCGCAGAGCCAGCUUCGUGGCCACGCCCACGGCCGAGCUGUCCAAUCAGGAAGAGACGCUGCUGGGCGACAUCCUGGACUGGAGCCUGGACACGUCCAGCUCCGGUUAUGAAGGGGACCGGGAGGAAGAGAGCGAGGGAGAGAAAGACGCCGAUUCUUCAAUGAUAUCCAUCAAACUGCAGCCGGUGACUGAUGCCGACAGCAGGCAGGAGCACUGCAGAGCUCUGUCCAGUGACGAGGACAGCUUCUCGGAAGCAGAAGGGGACGUGAGCGAGGAUCGCCGGGAAAACCAGGAGCCACUUUCCUUCUCCGCAGACCUCCACAGUUCAGGAUACUCCUCUGUCCAGAGUGUCAGCCCCUCCUCCACCUGCUCCUCCUCCCUCAUGCCUUGCACAUUCAAGACCUUCACCACGUCCCUGGGGGCGGCCUCCGCCAACGCACAGCCGGGCUUCCGCCUCCUGGUGCCCAUGCAGAGGCCUCGGGGCACGUCCAGACAACAAGUGAAGAGGAAGAACUCUGCAGCUCACAGCGGAGGCGAGGUGGAGAGAGAAGAGGAGGAGGAGGAAGGAGACAAGUAUUCUGCCGACGCAAAGUUUCUGAGCCUAUAGACGGUGUUUGUUCCAGACCUCCUGCUCAGUUAAUGUCCCCCCCAGCACUUUUUGGUAACGCUUUAUAUUAAGGUCAUUGUAAUAACCAUUAAUUAACAAGUAAUAAGGCCCUUGUAAGUCCUUACAAGAUGCUUAUUAACAUUAUUGUGUGUUUAUAAGCUUAUAUAAGUGUUAAUAAUGGCAUUACAAACACCCAUGACCCACCCAUUAUGUCUUUGCCAUGCCUUUAUUAAUCUUAUUUUGUUUGCUUAUUGAUGUUAAAAUAUACUUUAUUGCUCAUAUAUUAUAUAUCUAGUAUGCUUUUUGCAACUACUGGAUCUAAAGCGAGAGCAAUGCCUUAUUACUUGUUAAUUAAUGGUUAUUAAGGACCUUAUUAUAAAGCGUUACCCACUUUUUUUUAAGUUCUCCAUGCUGUUCCUCACUCCUUUCAGUCUGCACUGAGCCAUCCAUUGCCAAAAGAUCAAAAAAAGACUUUUAUACUUAAGACGAGUAAGGGAAAACCAAUGAAUAACAGAGGAACUUUCCUUCCUAUUGCAUUACAUUUCAUUUACACGUUUACAGGCAGGGCACAAUGAAAUACCUCCCAUAAACCGAGAAUCCCAGUCAGCUCAGAAAAACCACUGGAACAGGACUCGACUUUUUCCUCACGACCAUUUUUCUGUCUCAGAUCGGGGAAUGGAACCUCACGGACUUUGUUUUUCAUUGUUAAUAUCAUAUUGUGGUAAAACCUCAAACAUUGCUGUCAUUUUAUUGAGAUUGUUUUGGUUGUCAUAGUUUCUGAUACGCACUGUCUGUACAAGACUCUAUCUUGUAUUUGGUGAAUGUCAACAACAGGUGACCACUGUCAUCUAGUUGAUGGAAAUGUCUGAAUCUGAAGUAGGGCUGGGCGAUAUGGACCAAAAGUCAUAUCCCGAUAUAUUUAGGCCGAGUAUCGAUAUACGAUAUUUAUACAGGAUUCGUACGGGUGCUUGAAAUAUUUGAAAAUGCUUGAAUUUAAAUGUUGUAUUUUCAAGGUUUAAAAAGUGCUUGGAUUUUGGAUAAAGUGCUUGUAAAUGCUUGAAAUUCUUACUGUAUUUCUCUUGCAAUCUGACUAUAUCCAUCUAUAGACUAUAGAUAAUCACAUGUUCAAUGUAAAAAAUAUUUAGUAGCCUAUCUGAAAUGAAGACCGUUCCUCCUAAAAGUGUAAUACCAUCACUGUUGGUAUGGUUACGUGAAAUCUCCCCAUUUUAGUAUGUAAGUACUCAUCUAAAACAUGCAAUUUACAACCGUUUUAAGGUCCUGGAAAAGCUUGAAAAUGGACCUGGAAAGUCCUUGAAAAGUGCUUGAAUUUGACCACUGCUAAAGUGUACGAACCCUAUUUUUUUUAUUGCAAAGUGAAAGCAAAUGUUCAGUCAAAGCCAAAUAUGACAUGUCACAAGUAGUUUAAUUGAAACCGUUUAUUUAAGUGAACAUAAAUACUGUAUAACAACAGGAGUACUUUUUUUUUUUUAAAUCAAAGCUCCAUAAAGUGCACAUUUAAAUAAAAAAAUAUCUUAAAUAAAAGCUGCAGCUUGCCUGGAGCAAGGAUCACAGUGCACAAUUUGAACUAUAUCGAUAUAUGCGAUAGGCUUGUCACGAUACUAAAAUUUUCAACUCGAUACCGAUACUCUGUACCAUUUUGGAUACCACAAGGAUAAAAACAAAGACCCCAAAAUUUAACAGAAAUGUUUUUAUUAACAAGAAAAAUGCAAUAUGUAAAAAUUAACAGAACCACAGGUUAAAUAUUUAUAAUAAAAAAACAGUUGUUCAAAAAGAAACUACAACUAUAAUAACAAGUUUCAGAUACUCGAUACUUUUGAAAAUGAGUAUUGUAUCCGGAUACAACAUUUUAGUAUCGAUACUUUUUUAAGUAUUGAUACUUUUGACAACCCUGAUAUGCGAUAUGGUCUAAUUCCAUAUCACAUUUUAAAAUAUAUCCAUAUAUCGCCCAGCCCUAAUCUGAAGCCUAAAAAAAAAUAUGAUUGUAUGAAUUCCUCUUGUUCUGUUUUGUCCUUACUUCUAAGUGUGUUUGCCAAAGGUACUGUGCUGGUGUCAUUUGUGUUUUCAGGGGCAUCUACGUAAUAGAAACCGAGCUGUGAAAUUAAUCUUUCAGUCUGCAUCUUCUAGAGCAGCGGUUCUCAACCUUGGGGUCGGGACCCCAUUUGGGGUCACGAGAUGAUUUCUGGGGGUCGCCAAAUCAUUUUGGAGGUCAGCUCUGUCUCCACUGUGUUAAAGUGUUCAUGUGUUAAUGUGUUUUAGUCUUUUUGGUCA